UAGACAACUUAGGUAUUCAAAGUUAAUACAACGUUAAAUAGCAUUCAGUUUUUCGUGAUCCAGAACAAUGAAUAAUAUUCAAACUAAUUGUGUAGAACAGGUAACCAAUGGAUCGAUUUGUGUCAGUCCAAAUAAAUGUAUUAUACAUUUCAAGCCUGGUCAUACGUAUAUGGAAACGAUAAAAUUAUUAAACAUGACUGAUUUGACACAAAUCAUUGAAAUAAAGCCUUUGGAAUGUAAACUAUUCAAAUUUCCCUAUUUAACUACCGUAUCUAUUCUUCCCAGUAGAACUUGGAAUUUACAGUUUACUUUUAUGACUUAUUUAAAUCGGGAGUUCAAAAGUUAUUUGAAUUUAAAAAAUCCUACUGGUCAAGGAAACUUUACUAUAGAAUUAAGAGCUAUACCAAAAGUGCAUUCUUGUUUACCCAAGAUCAUGGAUUUUGGAAACGUGGAUAUAGGAAUGAGUGUUACGAGAAAGUUGAGUCUGGCUCCUAAAUCAAAACCUUAUCAGUUUCGCAUAUUUAUCCCACAUGGUUUAGAGAGCUUAUGCGUAAAUCCAACUUGUGGUGAAGUAUUUUGUGAUUAUCCAAAAAACGUCACAGUCGUUUACACGCCUCAAUCGUAUAUUACUUUGUGUAUUGAUUUAAUACUGUACCUUACGGGAUUUAAUCAAAAACCACAAGUUAUUACUCUGACGGCGGUUACAAAACCUAAGCCUUUCUGUGUCACAAGUAUGAAUAUGGAUAUAGCAAUACCAAAAAAAAAAUAUUUACGUUCAUUACCUAAAACACAUCAUUCAGAUAAGGUAGAAAAUGAUAUUAUGGUUUAUAACCGGCUGACUCUGCAUAAAAUGUUAAAGAAUAAAUGCUCAAAUUUGGAUGUUGAGUCGUAUAAAUGGCUUAAUCCUCUUGGUGAGUUGGACGAAGUGUAUCGAGAUUUGUACUUACAGAACUAUAAGGAUUUUAUGAUAAAAGUAAAACAUUUCAGCGAUAAACAUAACAAAGCUCACUUUAAUACAUUUCGGAAUGAACUAAACACCAACGAAGAACAGCAAAAAUCUGUUUAUGACAAGCGAAUUACUGAAUUGAACACUUAUAAUAAUAAAUUGUAUUCAUAUGAAGACAUAUUACUUCAUGGCCAAAUUGAACCGUCAGGACUUCGUGAAAGAAGCAUUCGAACAAAUUAUAUUGAUACAAGUGAUUACGAUUUUGAUCCGAAUCCUGAUGACAACUGGUUUAUACGAUUUCAAAUGUAUAACAAAUUCAUCAACGCAGCCAAAAUAAUAAUUAUUAAAAAUCGUUUAGAAAAGAGACUAAAUAAUUUCAAAGCAUUAAUAGCUAAUAACAUAAUAGAUAAUAUGUCAUGACUCAAAAAACCAUAUUGAAUAAAUAUUGAU